GUGCUCAUGUUCUUAGCAACGGUGCCUCAGCAACAGAGCCACGGCAACAGAGCUCCACGGCAACAGCGUGCCGUGUCUCCCCAAUGGAGCUGCCAUUGGGCGGACCAGCUCUCAGGCACUACACCCAGAGCAGGCCGAGACCUCACCGACAAAAACUGAACUAUCGUCCCAGCAGACCGCAGGAGACAAUAAUUGAGAGUGAAAAUGAAGUCCUCGAGCUCAUGGGGCGAGUGGAUGAGGGAGUUGAGGAGUUUUUUACAAAGAGAGUACUUCCCCCAGAUACACUGAACAAACAAGAUGAGGACACUAUCACAGUACAAGAAGUGGCUCCUGCCAGCUCUGUCCCUUGUCCACCACCGACAAAAACACUCAGGAGGAAGCUUGGCGAUUUCUUUACACUAAAGAAGAGGCGAGGUUUGAAAUCAGAGACGAGCCAGGAGGGGCGUCCCAAAAAAGCCUCCAUCGCUGAUCUCAUUCGCCCUCUCAGGGAGGUUGCCAGGUCAGAGAAAGACAAAGAUAAGGACCGGGUAAAGGAGCAUGACAAGGAAAAUGAAAAAGGCAAAGCGAAGGAGCAUCCCAGUGCUGUCACGGGAGAGUCGGCCGUUCAGGAGACACCUGUUACUGGUGAUGUACCGCUGAGGGGCGAGACGGUGCCUCCCCGCCGGGCUCUCCGAGAGGGGAAAUCCCAGUCGCUCAUUUUGCUGUCAGGAUCAGCUGCAACAGGGACGACCAAUGCCAGAAAUGCAGCCAAGAAACAGUUUGAAGGCCAACAUAGCUUUGAGCAGAAACUGCAUCUCAUGCUUCAGCGUAUUGGAGUUUCCAAACCUCAGCAAGGAGGAACACAGAGUCAAGAGGGAGAGAUGAAAAAGGCAGAGUCUGAAGGUACCAUUAUUGACAGUAAUUCUGAGCCCCCUCCUACUUUCUCAAAACCUCGAACAAUGUCUGCGUCUUCAGACACAAGGCAUCAAAUCCGAGCCAGUGUGUCAGCACACGAGGCAGCUGGGAAGCCUGCUCUUCCUCCAAAACCAGUAAUCAAACCAGGUCCACCCCCCACAACAUCUGGUCGUAAUACACCUGAGAACGAGCUAGCCCAGAUACAGGAAGCAGAGCAGCCCACGCCCACCAAACUCAGUCCGGAUGCAGCUCCGUCAGCUCCUGCUGCCCCUGCUUUUACUGCUACCGUCCCUCCUUCUGUACCGACAAUCUCAAACUCAGUCCCUGACUCAGCCAGUGCUACAGUUUCCCCGUCAAAUACUGUAGCUCCUGCUGACACAGAUAUAUGCACUAACUCAGUUAAACCCACUGCAGCAGCUACAACACCCACGAGUGGUACAGCACUAGAAAGCAAAGCGUCUAUCCCCAGCCCUAGUGCUCCUACCUCUGAACCAGCCACCUCCACCUUCCCAAGUACCACCACACCAACACAGCCUCCCAGCACCAUCUCACUUUCUGCCAUCUCUGUCACCUCCACCUCAGAAACAAUAUCCACAACUUCUAUCACCACCCAGGAAGCUGUUUGUGCUCCCAGUAGUCAAUGUUCAGUUUCCACGUCAACAAAUCUGUCACUGAAUGGUGCUCUCUCAGUUAAUGCUGCUCCAACAUCCAGAAACGUUACAGAUAUUUCUGACACCACCACAGCUUCUUCCCCUUUCACCAGCACAUCAGAUACCCCAUCAAACUUGUCUUCUUCCGUCACUUCAAUUUCUGAAACUGGUGAUAAAACUACUUCUACACUUGUCUCCAGUAGCUCUGUAAGAUUGAUUUCUUCAGUACCUAAGACUACAUGUUCUCCUAACUCAAGUGAUACGAUUACAAUUUCACAUGACAUCCCCAUUACCGCAUCCUCCAGCACUGUCUCUGCAGCCAUUUCUACCACAACUUCAACUUCUUCCACCAGUGAUAAAACCAUCAGCCCAACCUCCAACGGCUGCAUGAACUCUGCCUCCCCACCCUCAGCCACACUUAGCCAUGUUGAUAUCUCCAUUCCUUCCACUUCUUCCAGUGAAUUAAAACCAACAGACACCACUCCCAUCACAACUAGUUUAACCCACAUAGAUGCCAUUUCAGUCAGCAAUUCAGCAAGUGCUGCUGCAAUUAGCUCCCUACAAACAACUGGCUCAGAGCCAUGUUCUUCAGACAAAGUCAACGCUUCCCUCACUCCAUCUGUCUCUAGCUCACUCCCAAGUGAUACAUCCGGUGCCACUUCUCACCAGUUGACCAGUUCAGCACUGUCUAAUGAUAGUUCAGGCCAAGAUAUGGUAUUACAGACGUCCAACGGGGAAAGAGCUGGGGCAGAAAAAGAAGGAAAGCCAACAGGAAAACACAUUGACGAGGAGCUUCAGAUGGUCCAAAACAGCGGAUUAGAUGAACCCGAGGAGAAGAAAGAAAUGUCUAACAAUGAGAAAAAGAGUAAUGAUAGCAAUGGUAAACCAGCACUCGACAACUGUAGAGAGACAAGAAAGGAAGCACCGGGAGAAAGUGUGAAAGCUGAAGAAGUCACUCUGAAUGAAGCUGAAUCAAGCAAAGAAGCUGAGAGAAGCAAAGAUGAAGCAGGAAAAGAGGUUCAAAAGCAAGAAGAAACUACACCAGUGAUUAAUAAGUGAAAAUAGAAAAGGUUGCUGAAUAUGGGACCAACUACUGUGAUGCAGGAGAGGCCACAGUAAAGGGUACAUGGGGGGUGGGGGGUGGUGGGCGGGGAUGAUCCAUGGCACUUCCUACAGGGACCACCAUAUCACAGCAGCACACCACAAAGUGUGGGCCACUGGACCAAAGAACUGAGAUCCCCUUGGUGUGAUGUAAUAAACAAAUCCAGCAGUGUCCUUGUCCUUUUUUAAUUUAUGUUUGAGAUUUUGCAUUGCACGUAUGAUUAUGUAUAAUAAGAAAUCUAACUGUGGUAAAAUACACCAUGUUUACAAUAGAUGGAUAAGAGACAUAAUUAUGGCUAUUAAAU